UCAGCAUUUCUUUAUAAUAAUUUUUACAGCUUUCCUCAUGGAAUUCCUUGAAAGAAUCGAAAAAAUAGGCGAGGGCACUUAUGGGGUCGUCUAUAAAGCACGAAAUCGUUUAACUGGCCAACUCGUUGCCAUGAAGAAAAUUCGCUUGCAGACCAAUAAUGAGGGCGUGCCCUCUACGGCGAUUAGAGAAAUUUCGCUGCUUAAGGAAUUAGUGCAUCCGAACAUUGUUUGCUUGAUCGAUGUGCUGAUGGAAGAGAAUCGCAUAUUCUUAAUAUUUGAAUUCCUGUCAAUGGAUCUCAAGAAAUACAUGGACUCGCUGCCAGCUAAAGUUCAGCUCGAUAGUCAAUUAGUGCGCAGCUAUCUGCAUCAGCUAACAGAUGCUAUAAUGUUCUGCCAUCGACGUCGUGUGCUGCAUCGUGAUCUGAAGCCGCAGAACUUGCUUAUCGAUAAACAUGGCGUCAUUAAGGUGGCCGACUUUGGACUUGCCAGAUCCUUUUCGAUUCCAGUGCGCGUCUAUACGCAUGAGGUUGUAACGCUCUGGUACAGAGCACCCGAAGUGCUACUCGGAUCGUCCAGAUACUCCUGUCCCGUUGAUAUUUGGUCAAUUGGUUGCAUAUUUGCUGAAAUGGCGAGCCGCAAGCCGCUGAUUGCAGGCGACUCGGAAAUCGAUCAACUUUUUCGCAUGUUCCGAAUACUCAGAACACCCACCGAGCAAAUUUGGCCUGGUGUCACAUCAUUGCCGGAUUACAUGCAUACAUUUCCCAUUUGGACAACAAACCAGCUGACCAGCCAGCUUAAGAAUCUUGAUGACAACGGCGUUGAUCUUAUGCACAAGAUGCUCAUUUACGAUCCAGUGCAUCGCAUUACAGCCAAGCAGAUUUUGGAGCAUUCCUAUUUUGAUGGCUAUGGCGGCAAUAGGUACUAAGUGGGUUAUGCCCUCAGCCAGUUAAUAAUAAGAGUAGCAAUUAGUUGCAUUACAUAUGAGUUUUGUUCAAGGCGUUGCCAAAAAGAAAAUGGCGAAAAUAAAUCA